GCAGGUGGUGAGAAUGAGUCUGACCAGAGAGAACUCUGGUGUGGACCUAGAGGAUCCUGCUGUGAUGGAGGCCAUCUUACAACAGGUCCAGGUGAAGCUGAGAGAGAAGGGGCUGACUGAAGCCUUCCAGCUGAGGUGGAGAAAGCAGCCAGAUGGAAAGGUCUUCCACAAGGAGGAAGAAGAGAGUUCUCAGAGGAAGAGGAAGAAAAGGGAGAGGAAACCAGUUCUGACUAAGAAGGAAAUAUAAAUUUAGAAGAUACAUUUAUUCUAAAUCUACUUAGUGAUAGAAAACACUAUUUUACCUAUUGUACCAGAUACUGUGUUUUGAUGUUCAUCCCUUUAUGAGUGUGGAGA